UCAGUGACUUAUAGCGGGACUGCGGUGGGCAUUCUGACACUGGGGGGAAAACUGACUUGGUGUCGCUGACAUCCUCAGUGACACCAAUACAGUGAUCAGUGCUAAUAAAAAGCACUGACACUGUACUAAUGGCCCUGGGCAGGAAGGGGUUAACAUCUGGGGCAAUCAAAGGGUUAACUGUGUGCUGUUUUACACAUUCGCGUAUUUGCGUGUACAUAGACACGUGUAAAACAUUUUCAAGACUUAUUUUAGGUUACUAGCAGGGGAGAGACCUGUAUGUAAAUAAUACAGAUCACUCCCCUGUCAGC